GUGCCUGGCAAUGCCGCCUCCCGGAGCUCUUUCCAGGAAACGCUACAACGCUGCGGGGCUUAUGAGGAGGCAAGGGAGUGGCUAGGUGGUGCAAGAAGAAGAAGAAGGAGAGAGGGGGAUCAAAACUCUCCCAUGAUUCACCGGCAAAAGACGGAGUCGAGAUUAGAUCCGGAUUUAACUCGCCCCGAGUUGCCCCCUGCGCUGGCUUUGGCUGCUGGCUCCCAGUAUACGUGAAUAGAAUUCGCCCUCUUCUGUACAAAAUGUCACUUUGGAUUUAUAUUAGAGAGGUGGGAAAGAAACACAUUUUUCAAAGAUAAUUAACAAAUUCAUACCUGGAUCCAUUCCUUAUGAUCAGGAGGGGUCCAGUUACAGGACGGAUGACAGUGGCGCCGCCAUGUGGACCAGAUGUGGCGCCGCGACAUGCCACCCAAUCUAUUAGCUCAACCCGCUGUGCGUAGCGGGGAGCCAUUCCCAAACAUGCCUAUCUCUGCCGCCUGCCAGCCAGACUUCAGUCCAUCUGAGACCACCCUUGCUUCUAUACCCGCCUCGUUCUCGUCAGAUGACCUGUCAUUUCCCAUAAUCCAGCGAGGGCGGAGUCUCCAGAGGGCCUCAACCAGCAAGCACCAACAGCAGCAGAGGUAGAAUCAGCACAACCUCCUUCCCCGGCAGCCAACCCAGAACUAAGACUCUUGGAGAGGACGCACCGGAAGCCCGCCUACCUUAAGGACUACGUCUGUGCAAUCCGGGGGGAGGGGAAAAAAUCCAUAAGGGAUUUCCAAUCAUUGACAAAUGUUGAUCUUUUUCUAAUCAAAAUUGAUCAUGAUUUAAGAAAAGUUGCAGGACUUAGUAUGACUGGCUGCUGGGCAUUUUUGUGGUGGUUUUCAUCAUUAACAUUGGUAUAUCAUUCUGGAUGUUACCUCAUUGACCCAAUUGUUGCAAGUAGUUUUAGCCACAUCCAUAAUUACAUUAAUGCAUCAAAUUUGGAUCAAGAUCAUUGUGAAAAGAAACUGAAAUUAACUACUUUGGAUAAAUGGAAACUUUCCACAGAAUUGUUCACAGCUGCACUUCCCAUUGAUCAUAUUCAAGAGAAUUAUGUUCGUGAGGUUCGAGAUUGCAUUUUUUCUGUUGGAUAUCCUACACCAUUUAAAUCCAGAGUUCUACUUGUAGCUGUUUCAGAGGAAGUCCUGGAAGAAAUUCUGGACUUAGACAUGUCUGCCUCAAGCUCAGAUGAUUUUUUACAGCUUGUCAGUGGUUCAAAAAUAAUCUUGGGGUCUCUACCGCUAACCCACAGAUAUGGUGGCCAUCAGUUUGGUAGCUGGGCAGGACAGCUGGGUGAUGGAAGAGCCCACUUGAUCGGCAUUUAUACAAACAGAUUUGGAUCCAGUUGGGAACUGCAGCUCAAAGGUUCAGGAAGGACACCAUAUUCCAGGAGAGGAGAUGGCAGAGCUGUGCUUCGGUCUUCUAUACGAGAAUUUUUGGGAAGUGAAGCCAUGCAUUACCUUGGAAUACCUACAAGCAGGGCAGCUAGCUUAGUUGUAAGUGAUGACUAUGUUUGGAGAGAUCAGUUCUACAAUGGGAAUAUUAAGAAAGAAAGAGGUGCAAUUGUGUUACGUGUUGCAAAAUCAUGGUUUCGAAUAGGAUCAUUGGAAAUACUAGCUCAUUCUGGAGAACUGGAUUUAUUAAGGAUGCUGCUAGAUAUGGUCAUAAAAGAACACUUUCCAAAAAUAAACGUAAAUGAUUCAAAUAAAUAUCUGGCAUUUUUCUCUCAAGUAGUAUCUGAGACGGCACAUUUAAUUGGCUUGUGGAUGUCAGUCGGCUUCGCUCAUGGAGUAUGCAAUACUGAUAAUUUCAGUUUAUUAUCCAUAACCAUAGAUUAUGGUCCUUUUGGCUUCAUGGAUUCAUACAACCCAGACUUCGUUCCAAACACAUCUGAUGAUGAAGGACGGUAUAAAAUAGGAAAUCAGGCAAAUGUUGGAAUAUUUAAUCUGAACAAACUGCUUAAGGCUUUAAGCCCUUUAUUUAGUCCAAGACAAAAGCAACUAGCUUCUCAAAUACUUGAAGGAUACCCUCAACAAUAUUAUAAAGGCUUUAUAGAUCUAUUCAAGACAAAAUUAGGUCUGCUAGGAGAGAAUGAGGAUGAUGACUAUUUGAUUGCUUUCCUUCUAAAACUCAUGGAAGAUACAAGGGCAGAUUUCACAAUGACUUUUCGGCAACUCAGUGAGAUUUCAGAAGACAAACUCAAAGAUCUCAACAUUCCUAAGGAAUUCUGGGCUUUGCAAGAUGUAGCUAAACACAACAACUUUUCAACCUGGAUUGCUAUGUACCUUUUGAGAUUAAAAAGGAAUAUAGGUGAUUCAGACUCUGAAAGGAGGAGAAGAAUGAGCAGUGUUAACCCAAGAUACGUGCUUAGAAAUUGGAUGGCAGAAUCAGCUGUCCAGAAGGCUGAAAUAAAUGAUUUUACAGAGGUCCGCUUCUUGAAACAAGUUUUGCAACAUCCAUUUCAGGCACAGAUUCUGGCUGAGGCAGCUGGUUAUGCACAGCGUCCCCCUGCUUGGGCUAAGGAUGUUAAAGUCAGUUGUUCAUCUUGAUGAAAAUAAUUUGUGAUUAAAUUAAAUGGUGACAUUUCCCCCAUCAUAUAUUUA